AUUGAAUGGAACUCAUGUAAACACGUGCCCUGAGAUAGUCGGAGUCGAUUAGUCGACGGGCUGCGGCAGGUAUCGCGCCCCGUCCUACCGGUUCAACGAUAAAACGAUCGAACGAACGCCACCGUCAAACGAACUAUAUUGUAUUCUAAGCACAACGAGCAACAAGACAGUUUUUAAACAUUUACAGUGCGGUAGAGUGUGCGCGGUUUUGAAACACCCGAGGUAUGCGUUCGUAAACUUCAAGUGCAUAGCGGUAUCGCGAAACCAGAUUUUAAGUCCUCGAUGUAUUGAAAGUAGCUUUUCUGUUGUUUUAUUUAGACGAUCUAUUCCUGUAUUUUGUAUUGAAUAUCAAGAUUGCAGCGACCGACGACCUGACUGAAAGUUGGGCAAUCAUCAAUGUAACCAUGCAGGCAACAAGAGAAUCGAGCAGACAAAAAAGAUGCAACAAAAGGCGAAACUCUAGAAAGAAAUCCCUAUCGCCAUCCGAUUUGAAAUGCACUAGAGGGGACGCAAAAACAGACAGCAAGCUGAACGGAAAGCGCUCGCUAUCCGAGGGGUCAGUGAAAGUUAAGCAUAGGAAGAGUAACAUACGACGAACUUUGACCCAUCCUUUUACGUGUACGGACGAUAUUCGCGAUGUUAGUACGAGUAUGAUCGGUGUGUUUAACAGUGUUAAAGUGGAUCCUCCUCCUGAGAGUGACGAGUCUAAUUUGCCGCCGACCAGUAGUGAUAGGGACACGGAGGAUGAUGGUCGCCUGUCAAGGCCGGCGCCGCAGAGGUCGCGCUGGGAUUCGGGGAGUGAGAUGGACUCGCUCGUGUCGACUGUUGUCAAGAGAGCUUCGGCGAGGCGAAGAAGGACGCCAGCAAACCCAGAGUGGGGCGUCAGCAGUGAACCGGGCGAAGUAAGCGAACCGGAGGCCGGUCGCAUGCGUCCCGAGGACUACCGCCUCGUAUUUCUGAGCUCGGACUCGUCGUGUCGCGAAGACACGGAGGACUCGUCAUCCACGGCCUCCUCGGCCGCGCCGCCCGCGCCCGACGACUGCGACUGGGACUACUUCGAGCCGGGCGCGUCGGCGGCGCAACCCAUCCCCCCGCCCACCAAGCACGCGCCCCAGGCCUGCCCGCGACCCUGCUCCUGCGGCGCCGAGCCCCGUAUUGUCGCAGUCCCAGUGCCAGUCCCCGUGCCUGUCCCCGCCGCCCUCUGGCCGGCUCUGCUCGCGUUCCCCACGCAAACACCACCCACGCCACACUGGAACACUUAUCCCGGCCUAGCGCCUCUAGAUGCCGCAACCCUCGCCCGGCUCACAACGGCCGCAGCCGUCGCCGUCACCGCCGCCGCCACCGCCACCGCUUCCGCCUCUGCACCACCGCAUAUGUAUAAACUCGAGAUGACCACCGUCGAAAGGACAGAUAAGGCAAUACAGUCCGAAGCGUCACAAGCGCCGGAGCCCCGCGAUAACGAUAACGAUGAUAAGAACAUCGAACGGCCAGUUGAACAUGAACCGUCAGUCGGUAUCAAGGUGAUUGCCGAGGAGGACUCAUUGUCGUUGUUAUCGGAUCCAGCAAAUGCCAUGCCGGAUCACCUAGAGGCGGAGAAAGCCUAUCCUUCCUCCAACGAGUCCGCCGAGUCCAGCGAUUCCGAGCAAGGAGUCGCACGGAGAAGUUAUGACCUCACCAGCGGCGCCCCUGAAGAGCCAGCCACGUCCGAUGAGGACUCUGACGACUCCGGGGGUGGCGGCGCCGGACGAUUCUCGCGAGUGUUUGUUGUUAACCCGGCGGACUCGUCGUCCGACAUGGAAGAUAAUGCGGACAGCAGUGGCAUAGAUUGUGAUGAUUCUUUCGUCGAUAAAAAAUCGGAUAGUUUAGAACGAAUUGCAGUCGAAGUGGUUAGGGAAAACGAAAUGAACGUCAGUGGCAGUUCAAACGAAAGUUUUUCACAAAUCAGCGAAUCUUCAAACAUUGUGCUUUUGGAUUCGGUUAAUUUUACAGAAGAGUAUUCCGUUAUACCAUACGAAAAUAAUAGUGACGAAGACAGCAAUCAUGGAGAAAUCAAACAAUCGAACUUUUUCAAGUUUUGUGACGAAAAUAUGUUACAAAGUGAAACGUGUGAAAAAUUCAAUAGUUUUAAUGCAAGUUGUAGCUCGAGUAGCAACGAUUUAGAUAAGAAAAACAACACAGAUAGUGACGUUAAUCGAUAUCAAAGUAUAUCAUCUGAAAACAUGGAGUACGACUCACUGUCAGACGUGAAAGUAAAAUUCUCGGUAGAAUUAGCUAACGAGAAUCAUAAUAGUAAUGAAUUAAUUUCUUUAGAAUUACCACCGGACUCAUUAACCAAAUUAUCACCUUCACCUGAGCCCAGUCACGAUAACACAAGUUCAUCGCCCGCAGAAAAAAUAGACCUGUUUAAAGGUAUUGAACGCACUCUCAGUGAACUAUUGAAGAAAGAAUUAAUGGAGGACCAAGAGGAGGAGAAAAUGCAUGGCGUCAGGCCGGUUUGCUCGGAGGCGGAGGGGAGCGCGUGCGCACCUGCCGCGACAACAGUUUGCCGCUCGCGUACGGCUCGUGCGGACGGGCCCGCGCGCUUCACUAGCUGCGUUAUGAUAACGCACGACCGCGUCUCCGUCGUCACCUCAGACACGACGCAGCUCAUGCAAGACAUCAUAGUGCACCACACCAACUCACAAAGUGAAUCGGAGCCCAACCCGGACUCGCAGCAAGACGAUUCAGACGAACGAAUAUCCGACGACGAAACACCGCAGCCUUCGGGCGGAGUGACUGUUGUUAGCAAUGCCGACACUCUCUCGGCGGUCGUGUGCCUCGAGGAGGGGCUCGCAGACGACGACUCGUGGGUCGAGGACGUCAGCCACAACGAGGACGAGGCCACCUCACCCUCCGACUCGGACUCCGGGGAUGAAGCCUCUCUACCCAUGCGCGGCGAGGAGUUCGCUUACUGCAGACGUUCCAUAGACUACACUUUACACACUAUUGUCGAAGAAAGUUGCGAAGAAAGCGAAACGGAACAAACUGUAAAAAAACCGCGGCCUAUAUCUGCUACUGAAUUAGAGAAAUACUUUUUCUUCGGUUUGGGAGACGGCAGGAAUAUUCGCGACGAUGAGGAAGCAGUGUCGGAAACAUCGAGUGUGUGUAGUGAGGGUGGUGAAUCGAUUGUGGAUAACGAGCAACCUAAAAGGAGUGGUGAUAGUGAUGAACUUGUGUCGUCGCGGUUGGAGAAAUACUUUCUGUCAGGCUUCAUGGGAUUUAAUCAAGAACGGCGCGACUCGGACGGAUCAGGAAGCGUCGGCAGUGAUAGUGAGGGCAGACAGAGCCCUGAACAGCGCAGAAAAAGGUUAGUACGCGCCCGAGGGACUCCCCGGUCACAUUCAAACUCUCUCGAUAACUUACUAACGGGUGAUGAACCAUCACAAGAUAACCAAGAGGUGUCCGACGCGUCCAGUACCGAAACAGAGGACAGACACGACUCCUCCGAAAGGCUCGACAUGCAAGGCGAAUCUAAAAGAAAAAAACAAAACAAAAAGCCCCGCGGCUCGCCCGCCGACGAACGCCGACAAUCAGCUGAGUUCACUGAGGAGACGCGCGACGAUACUAGAUCUGUUUCGGAGGGUGAAGACGGCAGGUUAUCACCCCGACCGGAAUUCCCACCGCUUGGAUCUGAACUAUCUGAAUCUAAAAAACAAACUAGUAGGGAUAGCGGGUUCGUCGGCAGCUGCGAUGACCUACUCAGAAAUGGAGAUUCUAGUUCUGAUUUCACAAGAUCUCAUGAACCUAAAAUAGAAUUAGAAGAAAUAAUCGAAGAAAUCCGACCUGACAUCGAGGAACGUGUAGAAGGUCCACCGACGUCCCGCCCGCCUCAAACACCGCUAGUACGUAAAGAUAGCUUUAAUAAUUGGUCGUCUGACGAAGAAACCAAUCUAAUGAUGACAAAAAUGCGUCAAUUUUUCAAACAAAUGGUGCACACUACAAACGUGCGAACAUCAACACCGGCGUCAUCCAAUUCAGAAAGUUCCCGCCCCCCGAAACCACCUCAGUUAUUGUAUUUUGAAAGCGAAUUAACGCGAUUAAUGAAGACAGUACCGGGUAUACGCGACGAAGAAGUCCGUGAAAUAGUCGAAUACUUAUCAAGCGAAGACACGUGGAGUGAUUCAUAUGACUCGUCUGACUACGCAGGUUCCGACUUAGAGGGUACAGCAGCUAACAGAUCCGCGCUAAGAAAACAAAUAUCUGACAGUUGCCGCGAGAUAAUAGAUGAGUUUGAUAAGGGAAGCAAUGACGCGGGAUCACUGGAGCGCGACGCGGUGGGCGCGUACCGAAGGCUGGCGGCGACGCUGGGCCGCGCCGGGGAGGGCUCGCCGCCGAUGUUCGGCAAGGUUAUGCGACACAUCGGCGGCCGCCUGGUGGCCCUCAUGCACGAAGUGUCAGGCGGUGCUUCACCUAGCACUGACGACGACAGUGCUUCCGAACCGGGAGCGCUGGCCAGAAGUCGAUCGCACGACAUACUUGAGCCCACAGCAAGCAGGGGUAGUGUCGCGAGUGAUAGUGAGCGGUUUUCGUGGCGCGGUAGUUUCGAAUCGGCGCUCCUAGCAGCCGAUUCCCGGGGUACGUUGGGCGGUGUGGGAAGUGAGUCGCGGAGAUCUCCGGCGGGCGCAGACCUGGCCGCGCAGAAGUCACACUCAAGGAGCUGUGGAGCUAUCGGUGGUAGCGAAGAUAGACUGUGGCGAGGAAGACGACGCGCCUCCGCACCAGAUGCUGAGUCAGAAGAAGAGCAGCGCGCUGGUUCUCUUCCUCGGCUACCGUCUAUCACGGGUACGAACACAGUGCCGGCGGGUCCGGUGAAGUCGGCCCGGUACCGUGCCCCCGGGUUCCGUACAGCGACUCGUGCGGCGUCCGCGCCAGGAUUGCACGCACCCCGACGUCGCCGGCCGCCGCCGACGCCGCUGCAGCCGCCGCCCGCCGCGCCUGCCUCCGCACCCAGCCUGCAAGAUGAGGUGUACAUGUCGGACGCGGCGUCGCCCAACCACGCGACGCUGCCGAGGCGGUCCAACUCACCGCUGCCGCACGAGAGGGACAUAAUGGACCGGGAUCGGUACUCCCUCAACAGGAGUGGACUACAGGCUCGUUCAGAAUCCAUGGCGUCGGUAUACUCUGGCGCGGGUGAAGGCACGCGCGCUAACGUGACGGUCCGCGGCGAGGUGCAAGUCUCCCUGCUGUACAACUACCGGCUCGGCGCCCUAGAGGUGGGAGUCAAGCGUUGCCGGGACCUCGCGCCUGUCGACGUCAAGAGGAAUCGGUCCGAUCCUUAUGUUAAGGUGUACUUGUUACCGGACAAGUCCAAAGCUGGCAAGAGGAAGACGAAGGUGAAGAAGAACACGCUCAGCCCCGUGUUCGAGGAGACGCUGUCGUUCGUGCAGCCGCUGGCCUCGCUGUCCGCGCGGACACUGUGGCUCAGCGUGUGGCACGCAGACAUGUUCGGCCGCAACGACUUCCUCGGGGAGGUCACGCUGCCGCUGGCCGACGUCGUGUUCGACGACCCCGCGCCCAGCUGGUACAAGCUGCACGAACGGACCGAGCAAUUCGACGAGCAGCAGGGUUGUCGCGGCGACCUCAUCAUCGGCCUGAAGCUGGAACUGGACGCGCGCGGGACCGGGACUCUGCAUGUGCUCGUCAAGGAGGCCAAGAACCUCGUCGCUACCAAGCCUAAUGGACUAGCUGAUGUCUUCUGCAAGAGCUACCUGCUGCCGGAGCGCGGGCGGCUGGCCAAGCAGAAGACGGGCGUGUGCCGGCGCACGCUGGCGCCGCGCUGGGAGCACAGCUUCACGUACCGCGGCGUGUCCGCGCCCGAGCUGGCCGCGCGCGCGCUCGAGCUCAGUCUGUGGGACCGCGACCGCCUCGCCAGCAACGACUUCAUGGGCGGCGUCAGGCUCUCGCUAGGCACCGGUACAUACAUGGGCGCCAACGUUAACUGGAUGGACAGCGCGGGCAAAGAGGUGACUCUCUGGCAGACGAUGAUACAACGACCAAACUUCUGGGUCGAAGGCUCCUUACCUCUGCGACCUCAUCUCAGCAACUGAACUUACCUCACUGCCUCUGUCUACCGAAUACAAUAACUAUUGUAUACCUAUACACAUAUUAUAUGUAUGCAUGUUGUAUGACAUCGAAAUCUAUACAAUAUUGUAAAAGAAAUCGGCGUUCGUAUACUUUAUUCUAAUUAUAAGACUAUUUUCUAAUACUCUGAUACUUUUUAUCUCAUGCAGGGGUAUGUCCGGACUCCGACCGAAUAUUUAUGUGCUAACAGAACUGGUCUUUAACUUUUGUUUCUUUAUUUCUAAAUAAAGCAAUAGAUUUAAAAGAGAUCAGAUUCGAAAGCCAUAAAUAUAUUCUAGAGAUACCCCUACAUACUAUAUCUGUAUCUAACUUUUUUCUGUGGUAAAACAAGUGCCAAUAAAUUACUACUUACAACCCAUUCAAUCUAUUUUAUACUUAAAUAUGUAUAAGUAUCAUGUCAAACGAAAUAUUUACAUGUUCUAUUUAGAUACCUAAUUUUGAUAUGUAACGUUACAUUCCACAAUGAAUAUAAUAUUAAAAUCAUAGCUUUAAGUAUCUAAUGACAAUAAUAUUAUAGAACUUGCUAACUGCCUAUAAUUAGAUAAAUCUAAGUUAUGCAUUUAAAAUAGAAUUAUAAUGUACAAAUUAAGUUUACAUGAGUUAAGGUCAGCUCAUGCAUAUUGUGAUUAUUACGUCUAGGUGUUUUGGAAA